AUGAGCUCUGAUCUAUAAAAUUAAUAUGAAAAUUUUAAGAAAACAAUGAAGAAAGCUGAAUACAAAGAAUAAUUCGCAUUUGAAUAUGUUAAGGAUAACAAUCCAACAUUUUUUUUGAGAAUACUCCACUACAUUUUAAUUGAAUACAAUUCAAGCUUUUAUAAAUGUACCUAUUGCUUAAGAUUGUUUGUUAGCCUUAGUUGAUAAAGGAUAUGAGUUAUAUUCCAAAAAUGAUUUGAGAUUUACAGAAUAAGUGUUCAAAAUGCUUCAAUUAGAAUUCAACUAUAAAUCAUCAAUAAAUAUAGCUUAAUUUCUAUCAGAACAAUAUUUAGAACAUAAAUUAAUCUUAAUAAAUGAUAUCUUUAAUGAAGUAUUAUAGAGAACAAAAAAAGAGAAGAAAGUGAAUCUUUUUAAGGGUUAAGAAAACAGUUCAUAGUUAUAAAAUACUUAAAAAUAACAAGAAUCAACUAAUAAAUAAAAGGCUUAAGUGUUUGUACAAAGAGAGAAUUAUUAGAGUGAAGAUGAUGAAGAAGACAUAGAACAACCAAAAAGACCAGAACCUUAUAAAAUAACUUAAUAAAAUGAAUUGGUCCCAAGAAUAGUUUCUUGCAAUUAAGAAUAAUAUUAAUAGUUAGAAUAAUGCAAUUAUACAUAACAAUAUUAAUAAUAACCCUCUCCACCUUAAUCUGAUGAAAAGAAUGAUUCUUAAAAUGAAAUUUAAGCUUAAUAAACAUUCAAAUAAAAAAUAAAUUAAGUUUAAUAAAAUUAUCAAACUUAACCAAUUAAUUAAGUUCAAUAAUAAAAUGGUGUUACUCAUUAAGAUCUCUAAAAAUUAAUGCAGGUAAUUAUGCUUAGUAAUGAUAACAUCAAAUCAAUUAUGCAAAAAUUUUCAGAAUUAUAAACAACAGUAAAUAUAGCUUUAACAAAUUUUGAUUAGAGAUUAACGAGAUUGGAAUUAAAAAUUCGUGAUUAAUGA